AUGUCACUAUAUCGAGUCAGUGCCAACCCUCGUCACUUCUCACUCCAUCCUCUCUCACUCACCCUCUCCACGUUUUACUCUCCCUCUCCAUCCUCACCCCAUCCCUCCACCUCGUCUCAACCCCCCCUCCAUUCCCGCCCACUUCUUUUUUCCUCUCCCCGCAACUCUCCCUUCCUCCUCUUCUUUCCUCCUGUCCUAUCCUUUCCUCCUCUCCUCCUCUCCGUUCCUCCUCUCUUCAACCAGGUAUGGGAGUCGAUCUACGGCUUGCACGAGGACAACCAACUUCCCCCCGCCAACAUCUCCCUUCCGCCCAACGUGCCCCCCGCGCCGCAUCUCGAGGACUGCUCUGCGCGCACGGCGUUCCGCCUGGCGGCGGAGCAGCGCGGGGCGAACGGGGAGCCGCCGGAAUGGGCGCGCCCGCCCAAGUGCUGCGGAUGCAACCCGCAACCCCCGUGGGUGCGGGGAGCGGACGACGAGAACCUAGCGAUGACGCGGCGGGUGCAGAAGGAGAUCUGGGAGAACCAGUUUCCAGCGGAGCGCAAGUGCGCGGGCAGGAAGCUGCUGGUGGUGCAGUGGGCGCCGCAGAACCACCACGGCGUGGGGUCGCAGGUGCAUGUGAUGGGCGCGUUCCUGAGCAUCGCCAUGCAGUUCAACCGCACGCUCGUCGCCAUCCCGGGCUCGUAUGGCCGCGCGGAGGAGGCUGGCUGUAAAGCUGCGGGGCAGUACGGCGAGUGGGAGUGCUUCUUCUUCUCCUUCGCGGACCCCGCGUGCCAGCAGAUCGUGCGCGAGAUGAAGGACAGCAAGGCGCUCCAGUGCUCGCAGUCCUUUGCCUCACAGGUGGCGGGGUCGUCAGACGUGGUCGCCUGCCUGGAUUACAUGCCGUAUGGGGAUCUCGAGAUGAAGGCCAAUAUCACAUGGCGAUGGGGAGGGGCGCAAUGGCAACAGCCGGACACGGUGUGGCAUGUCCCGGGCACAGAGUCGCACAAGGCACACACAAUGCAGGUCCACUGGUGGCGAGCGCAGGCCACGCGCUUCAUGCUGCGCUGGCCCUCGGCGUACCUCUGCCACGUGACCAACCGCGUGCGCCACUCCUCCUACGGCCACCGCGUGGCGGCCCGCCUCGCCCGCUUCGAUGUCACACGGGCAGAGAUCCUCCGGGAACUCGCAGGGGACACGGCCGGCGAUGCAGCCCGCAGCAACAUCAAACUGUCCCCGCAGGCCACAGCCGCUGCUGCCGUGCCAUUCCGGGAAGGGUCGUUUAAACAGUCCCAGGGGUUGUUUCCCUGGGCGCACGGCGCGUGCAGCAAGGACGCGUGCGGCGGCGGCGGGGAGAGGGAGAAGCGGGCGGUGUACCUGAGGGAGAUGUUUGAAGGGGUGGGCGGGGAACCGUAUGUGAUGAGUCCGAUUGUGAGCCUGCAUGUGCGGCAGAGUGACAAGGUGGAGGAGAUGCAGCUCAUGCCGCUCAGCUUGUAUAUCUUCUAUUUGAACCGGCUGCGGCUCAUUCGUGCGGAUCUGUCUUAUGUGUGGCUUAACACCGAGUCUCAGGAUUGGGAGACCGCCUAUGGGCUCGCCAACGGCUCGCUAUCCCCGCCCGCCGCGCUCGCCUUCCCCCCGGGCGUGCCCCCCGCGCCCCACCUGGAGGACUGCGGCGCGCGCACGGCUGCGCGCGCUCGCGCGGAGGCUAGGGGGCCAAACGGGGAGGCGCCCGCGGCUUUGGGGGGAAGUGGGGAGGGGGGGAGGGUGGGGAAGGGUGGAAGUGAGGGGGUUGGGGGUGCGGCAGGUGGGGUGUUGGUCAGGUUGAGGGAGUUGAGAGAGAAAGAGGGGGAAUUUGAAUAUAGACACGAUAGGGUGCUCACUGUUGUUCUCCCACCCCAUUCAUCGUCCCCUCCCCUCUUCCCUCCCCUUGUUCGCUCUCCCUUCUCCCCCUCCUCUUCCCACUCCUCUCCCCCCUCCCCUUCCCCCCUCCUCUCUCCCCUCCCCUUCCCCCCUCCUCUCCCCGCGCCCUUUCCCCCCACUCCUCCCUCCUCCUCCUCCCCCCACUCCUCCGCCGCCCCGUCCCCCCUCCUCUCCCCAGAUCCGCGGGCCAGACGCAGCAAACCUCGGCCAGACGCGCACAGCACAGCGGGACCUAUGGGCAAACCAGUUCCCCGCGCCGCCGGACUGCAGCGGGCGGCGACUGGUGGUGACGGUGUGGGCGACGCGGCAGCACGGGCUGGGGUCGCAGCUGCACAUCAUGUCGUCGUUCCUCAGCCUCGCUACCUCGGCCAGGGCAACAACCUAGAAUCUGGGCCAGGGCAACAACUUAGCGUGAUACUUCUUCCCCUCACUCCCCUCCCCGCUCUUACCUCCCUCCCCUUCCCUCCCCACCUGGGCCUAGGCAACAACCUAGAGUGCUACUUCUUUCCCCUAGGCGCCCCCGCGUGUUUGCAGGUGGCACUGGCAGCGGAGGCGAAGGGGGAGGUGGUGAACAGCGAUGGUGUGGCGAUGGAGGAGAGGGAGCGGAUCCUGGGGUCGGAUGCGGUGGUAGUGCAGGUGGCCAAUACGGGGCUGUUCGGUGAAGUGAGCGCCACCGACCUGUGGGGUGCACCGUCCCUUGACCGGCCACUCACAAUACAGCAGCUGGGGAGGAUACAGGGCCAGUACUUUGCAUGGGGGCAGGCGCGCUGGUGGCGAGCGCAGGCACUGCGCUUCAUGCUGCGCUGGCCCUCCCCGCACCUGUGCCACGCCACCAACCGCAUGCGCCACUCCGCGUACGGGCUCCUGGUAGCAGACCGAGUGGCAUCCGUUGCCCUGAAACAAGCCGAGCUGUUACAAGCACUCAACGCCUCUGCAGCUGCUGCAGCUGCUGCUACCGGCGGUGCUAGCAGCACUGUUCCUCCCGCCUCCUCCUCCUCCUCCUCGUCACCUUCUUCUCAAGACCCCUCCCAGCCUCCAUCUGCCGAUUUAGCAGAUGAUAUUCGAUUCCUCUCCUCCUCUCCCAUCACCCCUCCUCCCUCCACCUCCUCCCCUUCUUCCUCCUCCCCUCUCGUCUCCCCUCCUCCCACUGCCGCUCCUCCCUACACUCCCGCCUCUCGCUCCCCACCAUCCCUCACCUCGCACACCUGGCCACUGCAAGGCCUAUCCGGCUGCAGCAGCAGCUGCAGCAGCAGCACCAACCCUCCACCACAACAACCACCAGCCACAUGCACAUGGGAGGAAAGCGCUCGGGUGUAUCAAGAAGUGGGAGCAUUGCCGUUCGUGCUACGGCCAGUGAUCAGCAUGCACGUGCGGCAGGGCGACAAGGGCAUCGAGAUGACUCUUCACUCCCUCGCCACCUUUGUGUUCUUCGCGUACCGCAUGCGCCGCCACCGCCCUGACCUGCAGUACAUCUGGCUGAGCAGUGAAAUGGAGGUAAGGCGGUGA